AUGGCACAGAAGGAUAUUACUUCGCAUUCGAAUUUGGAGCGAUUAAAGAAGACGCAGAAGCUUAUCCGCCUGUAUCGAUCGAACGAGUGCCUCUGGAAUCCAGAGUCACCUGGAUUCCACAGUGAUUCUGUGAAGGAAGACGCUUGGCGACGGAUCACCCGUCGCCUGAACUGCGGCUUAACUCCUGACCAGGUGAAGCUGCAGGUGCUCGGCUUGCGGAACUACUAUUCCAAGGAGCUGACCGCCAUCCGACUCAGUCAGCUUGAGGGCUAUAGUUAUACUCCCAGGCACACCUAUUUCCCGGACUUACAUUUUUUGGGCAAUUUGGAGGAGGAAGCUAACUGCCCCACGAAGGAUGCAAAUUUACCACCAAAUUUUUCGGAGGACACAUUCAUAUCACCUCUAGCUCUCUUGAGUCCCUGUUGUAGUGAAUCCAAGUGCGGGUACACCUUUUACAAGAUGAUCUUAGAGCCUGAGCCACCAAAUGAAGAGUACUUAGGAGGGCAUAGGGAAAGAUCCACUUCAGGCAAUGAUCGCUGGUAUCCUACGGCAUACUGUGUUCGGUGCAAGCCAGAGGAAGCCGAAGAUCCCUGUGAAGCGUGCGAGCUAAGAGGUCAAAGCAGUCGUCGUCAUGUCGAAAGUAAAAGCUCUUUAGAAGGCGGAGGAUGCAGUUGUACCAAACCAAGGAUGUUUAAUCAGCAUCAGGCCCAGGAUGAGUUCAACAAAUUCCAAGUACCUGACAGGAGCCAGUAUCGGACUGAAGAUCCUUGUUCAUGCUCUUCGAAAGACAGUCCAGAAAAACGGGCUUCACAAACCCGAAACAAUGGUGUGUAUGUAGAUAUGGUCAAGUGGGAUGGCGUCGAGGCCAUCGGCAAUGAAAUGCGCAGCGAUAGGUGGCCAGGUCCCAGACUAUGCUCCCAAAAACGCGGAGAGUGGAAGCCCAGGCUCCGUAAAGUAAUAGCCGAUGACAACCGGAAGUCAGGGUGCGGCAGCUGGAAGCGAAAUAACAAUGCCGUAUGCCGCAGACUUCUGGACCAGUUGGCCAAGCAAAAGAACCAAUACGGCGGUUAUUCCGACGAUGGAGACUCCGUUCGAAAUCGAAACUGCGACUGUUCGAGCAAUCGCCGUCAAUCUGGCGAGGAUCGGCUAAACGUGAUGCUGUUGCAGAAAAGGUAUGGGUAUCGGAGUUCGCAGGGCAUAGCAAACAAUCCUCCCAACGAUCGAUAUAGCAACACUCAACCGAUGUCGGAUCAGGCUUACUAUAACACCAGCCAUCCAGCUCAAAACUGUUGUUACUGCGCUCAGAACCCAGGAAAUCAAGACGUUCAGCGCUGCAAUAUCCAUGGAUGCCAGUGCAUGCACUGCAAUCAUACUGUACUUCCCACCCAGGGAAACUACUACCAAAUGCAACUUGUCGAUCAGAAUCCCACGAACUAUUCUCGAACAGCUCCUCCAGGAGCUCCUCAUGAAGAAUCAACUUACCUCAAUGACUACGGACAAUCUAUGUAUCCGGAGCAACAGCAUGUGUACUGCAUUAAUGCAGAGAAUAUGCCUACAGAUGUGUGGGUACAGGCGCAGUCCUCAGAUGCCCCUAUAAAACCAUACCAGAUGCCCAUGGCACCGCUUUCAAAGUCUUGGAAUCAGGAAACGGCGGAAACUGGCCCGCUUCAGCCAGCGAAAAGAGGCAGUGGUAGAGCAUUGCCACCGCAAGAUCCAGUGAAGACAUAUUCUUCAAAAGAUGAUGCAAUAGAAAAGCCCGAACAGUCGGGACAGAAUCUUAUUUUAAAUGAGAAAAGUAAAUCAAUGCCAGAUGAUUUUCAAUCAAAGAACAUGCAAAAAUCUAAUAAUCAAGAAGAACGAAACAACGUAGGAAGAAGAUCUUACGACCCCGGUAAUGACUCUAUUGGUAGCCGGGGAAAUCCCAGUUACGACCAAAGAAGGAUUCAAAAUGAUCAGCAGCGGAUUUCGCGUGAUUAUGAAAAUGAAAGGCGUUCUCGCAGGGAGCAUCCAGAUCGACCAGGCCAGAAGAAAUAUAUAUGUGAGGAUGAUAAGUGCCCAGUUAAUAAGCGCCAUCAAAACGAGGAGCGUCCUUCAGAAAGACGAUCUCGCAAUGAUGAUAGAGUCAUCAGUAACCCCUAUUCUAAUUAUCAAGACUCACAUUCUCCACGACGAAGACGAGAUAAUGUCGAUGAAUCAAAAAAUCAAAAAGUUUUUCAACUUCAAACUGAUGACUCCCAAGUAAUGGCGUGUCCCGCAUAUGAUCGUCGUAAUCCUAAGGAGUGUCCCUAUUUGAAAUGUCCUAGACCAAGGCACCGUGAAGAUGGAAUAGCUCGGAGCUCAAGAAAUCGCGACUACGAGGAAAAGAACGAUCCACAAACCUCGAAGGAAAUAUCGCAGACUAGGAGGAGAAGUCCUUUGGGAAAUACUUACUACGAAGAGGAGCAGCAAGGUCCCAGGGAAAGAUCCAAUAGUCGUGGCCGGGAGGAUAAUUUUAGGUCGAAGAGAAAAUCAAAUGAAGAAACUAAAAGAUCCAAAAGAAGAUCCGAAGAUCCGAACUGCAAUGAUGAUACGUGUCCUUUUGGUGGCUUUUCUUCUAGACAAAAUAAAUACCAAUCCGAACGUCGUACAAGAAAUAGUGGGGAAAAGGAAAACUCUAGACACGGCAAUAGAAUGAAUCCGGGAUCCAAAAGAAAUGAUAAUGGAUAUCCAUGCAAUGAUGACACUUGUCCAUAUGUCGAUUCCCUGGAAGUCAAUAUGGCCAUUAGGGAAAGGUCGCGAAAUCAUCGCGAUCAAUCUUAUUCUAAAGAGAAUGGUGAGGAGGGAAAAAAUGAAAGGAGAUAUAGAAGUGAAUCUUCAUCAAGAAGGCGAUCGCGGGAGAAUGAUUAUGAAGGGUCCCCGAAAAGCUAUAAAAGAGAAGACGAUGAGUAUAGGAAAGCAAGAAGGGAAGCUCCGGCUGAUUAUGAUUCAGAUUACGCCGAAUAUGGACCCAAAAGAUAUAGAAAUCGCUAUAGUGAUAAUCAACCUGAAUAUCGUUCUUCUACAGAAAAACCCAACCAGUAUUCCAGGAGGGAGGAUAGGAAUUUACCUCCUAAAUAUGGUGAAAGACCUUAUAGAGAUUACGGAACUGAAAAUAAAUACAGAAACAAUGACAAUACUACAGAGGAUUGUUAUUGUGACGAUUUCGAUUCCGAUGAAUAUGACGCCAAUAAUGGUUAUGAUGAUUAUCCUAGAAGGGAGAAUAGUAAUCGAAACCGAAAGGUACCAAUGGAGUACAAUGGAGCAGAAUCCUCUAGAAGACCCAAUCGGGCCAUGAAGUAUGAUAACUAUGAGAGCGAGGAUAUGUCUUAUACCAAGUCGGAUGGCAAAAAUACUAAUCGAAAUCGCAAUACAGGCAAUAAGAGUCCCUCCUACUCCAGAGAAGCUGAUCUGUACGAAUUAGGGGAUGACUGCUUCUGCAGUGAUGAAGAAAUCUCCCACGCAACAGCCAAGAAGAGCACUAGAACGGGUAAAAAUGAUCGCGGGUCAUCUAGUUUUACCAAAAAUGGAAAACAAGAUAGGUCCAGAGGUUCCGAAACUCUCGAUUCGCUAAAAAAUGAAAGAAGACAUAGUAACAGAGCCCCCGAAUCUCCUCCUUCAAAUAGAGAUAUGCAAGAAAUGAAGAAUCCUGAUGAUUAUGACAAAGACAUUAGAAAUAAAAGGCACGACGUAGUUUUCUGUGAAUGCGAAGAAGAAGGUCAAUAUUCCAAAAACGAUAACAAGGACACCAACCACAAAGGUAAUGUGAACACAGUCUCUGACGAGGAUUGUAUUUGCAACGCACCCGGUGAUCCCAAUGAACCCAAGUUAACCGUGCCGGAGAAACGAAAUCAGGCUGGCAGUAUAUGCAUAAAUCUAAGCACAUCAGUGGAAGACAAAGCCCAGAAGAAGGAGUCAUUUGGGAAAGUGAAGAAAUCUGCAGAGACAACGGUUCCCAAACCAUUGGAUGCCUCAAACAGAUUGAGGGAGCGAAAGGAAGUCAAGGCAAAGCAAUUGUCCACCAGUGAAAACUCGCCGUCGGUCAAGAAGAAUCUCCGCGCCAAGAAUGGAAUAUCCCCCAGAGUCCAAACAGGAGCGCUGAGGACUCAGCCCGCAGAGCCGAUCAAGAGACGAGCGACGACGAGAAGUCAUUCCCAGAACGCCGCCAAGAGAACCAUGGAAACUCAUGCAGCUGCCAACAGCAAGUUGCCCUUUGAUCUAAAUUCGGCCGCAUAUUUUAUUUGCAAAUUACAGGAUGAAGGUAACAACCAUCAGUACCUGCUCGUGGUGCCCAAGAAGCCGAUUGGACCACCCGAUGGCCACCGGAUGGCCCCAGGACAGGAGUCUGUGAAGCAGCUGCACUGCCCAAGGCAGUGUUCCGGCUUUCAGAGCAUGUCCUGGGACGAUUCGAUGGCCGCGACCCAAUCUCAGCCACCUCCGCAAUCCCAGGCCAGUGGGGGCCUUUCCGUAUUGGGCUCCUUUAGAGUUCCACCUGUGCUGGCCAGCACGGCGCUGGGCAUCAUCAAGCAGCAUCUCCACAGGAACACCUUGGUUUCGCACCAGCCAGAUGUCAGAGAAGCUGUAUAUCCACCUAAAAAGAUGCGACGCAUCUUAUUAACCAGGCCAAUGUCAAGGCCAAGGAGACCUGUACUUCGUCCAUCCCACAAAGCUAAUACGCCCACCCUGAACGAGAAUAGGACCUUGCUACUCACCAACAGUCCCUUUCAAAACUUGAGCUUUGGCGACCACAAUCGAGAAGUUAUUGUCCUGCAUCCGCCGGAUCCUGCCUUUCGGCCCUCGAAGAACUCCUUCAGCAAGGACGAAGUGGAGGUGCAGCAUAUCACAGUGCCCAACGAAGACACCGAUGCAAAGCCAAUGCCUCCCACGCCGCCCACAAAACCCAAAAGGACAUUGGUGAUCAAUCCAUAGCUGUAAUGUCCUCACACAUACUUGCCCCCGUUCAUAUAAAGAACAGCACCCAACC